AUGGCCAUGGAUUCGGAUGUUGACAUGUCUGUCGGUUCGGGCGCGGUGCUCGAAGCGGAAGAGCAAGAAAGGUGGUUUGCUUGUGCCGGCUGUGAUCGCAUGGUGACCUCUCUCGUUCGACGGGGGCACCCCCACCCGGAGAAGCACCAUUAUUACGCAUACGCACACUGUUGUCUAGCCUGCGAAGAAGGGCAAGGACAUUCACAAGACGAGUGGGCAUGUGCCAGCGUGCCAGGCUCGCUAUUCCGAAAGAUCAAGUUUGGCUCGCGAGAACAGAAUUACCUGCUGCACAACCCCGGCGGUGCGAAACCUCUUCCUGUUCUGCUGUUUCUGCAUGGCGCGCACACCUACAUCUACCCAGAGACCUUAUGGUGGGACAUUGAGAAGCUCUUGGAGAACAACCGCACGGCUCGUGAGGAAUUCAUUGUCAUCGCACCCUUCGGAUCGGUUGGAGAGCCUGUAGUUCAUCCUUCUGAGUGGCUGAAAAGGAAUCGCUUCCAGAUUGAGGAGCCGUACGUAAAGUGUUUUGCUGUCGAGAUCCUUUGGGAGUUCUUCCUUGCAGCUCUGGACGAUCUGGGCAACAGAGCAGACCUUGCCCGCUUGCACGUCACGGGCUACAGCAUGGGAGGGCAAGCGACUUGGGGCCUCGCAUUUCGCUAUGGCUCCCUCCUUGCCUCCGUUUCUCCGAUGGCCGCUUGCUGCGCUUGGCCCAAGGACGCUUGGGACCAGGAGGAGUCCAUCUUCAGAGAGCUGGAGAAGCUUCCCUUGUGGUUCUUCGCUGGCGAGGCGGAUAGUCGGACCGUGACAUGGCGGGACUUCUUGUGGUUGGCUGACAAGCGCGGCCUCCCAAAGGAGGCAGCAACUCAGGACAUCGCGGUGGAAGGACAGACCGUCUCUGCCACAGUCUACACUUGGUCACCGAAUCUGCAUCUAGCGCUGCUCCGCGGGACGCGGACUAGUCACAGCAUGUGGGAUCCUGUCUACCACAACGAGGGCGCUUUCGGGCUCUUCACGAGAAUG